AUUUUAGAUGACUGGAUAAUCAGGAAGUCAGCAGGUGUUGACUGCGUAGCACCCUGUCAGUGGUACUUAAGCUUGUCCUUCUUAUAGGAGGGAAAUUAUUUAGGUCAAUUUUCAAAUCUGGGUGAACCUUUUCUUCCUUGUUUGGGUAGCUUGUCAGGGGUUGGCCAACUUUCUCUGUAAAGGGCCACGUAGUAAAUAUUUGAGGCUUUGCAGGCCAUGUGAUCUCUGUCGCUGUGUUAGCUAUGCUCUUGUAGCUUGAAAGCAGCCAUAGACAAGACUUCAAUGAAUGGGUGUGGCUGUGUUCCAGAAAGACUUUAUCUAUAAAAACAGGUGCUGGCCAUAGUUUACUGAUCACCCUAAAACCACCAGUGUUUGUGUAUUUGACAGAUGAAUGUCCAUUGCAAAUGACUGGUUUUAAAAAUGAAGUAACUGGGUAUCAUGACCACUCCCCUGUAAUGACUGCACUGGGAAAGGCAGUGAUGUAUGACCUUUCUUUGCUUCCCCUUGUAGAGAUGUGGUAUGGUGUGUUCCUGUGGGCACUGGUGUCCUCUCUCUUCUUUCAUGUCCCUGCUGGACUGCUGGCCCUCUUCACCCUCAGACGUCACAAAUAUGGUGGAGCAAUUGCUGGAGUGUACCGAGCAGCAGGAAAGGAAAUGAUACCAUUUGAGGCCCUCACCUUGGGCACUGGACAGACGUUCUGUGUAGUGGUGGUCUCCUUUUUACGGAUUUUAGCUACUCUAUAGCAUACACCCUUGUGCUGCGAUGAAAAAACCUAAGUUUUACAGAAUCCUCAAAAAGAAUACACUGUGGAAUGUAGUGUUUUCUUAGCUCUUCAAAUGGAAGCAACGUGAAUGAAAAGGUAUAUGAAGAACAACAGCUCAGACCUUUCUUCAGUUUGAAGCUCCAGGCACUAAAGAUCUUUUUGGACCCAUUGUUCUCAACCAAAACAAAUCAAGUUUCUUUUCUGUUCUUUCUUUCUUUUUUUUUUUUUUUAACAUAUUUAAUUCAGGCAGUUUUACAGGUGCAUCUUUACCCAAGUCAGCAGUGCUUCUGGGUUGGCAUCCUUUGCACUGAAAUUUGUAAUAUUCUGUGAGAAAAUGCAAUGUUGCAUAUUUCAGAGAAGCUGUGGAACAUACUGGUUAAUUUCUGAGCAGAAUAGACGGUACUAAAAUCUUAUUUGAUCUAACCUCGAUUAACAUUCGGCAAACUCUUCUCUUGCUCCGACUUCAUGACAGUAAGUGCCAAGUAGGUUUUGGUUGAGUGUAAUGUUGAGAACAGAAUCGGUGAAAUAAAACACACAAAAAAUCUGUAACUCAAGUAGUGGCUUCAAUUCCACUGUUUAAAGAAAAAGGAGGUAACUACUGAAUGAUGUGACAUUUUAAGGAUAACUAUCUUGACCUCUGAUUAUGCAAUAGAUUUUAAGAGAUAUGAAUUUGUUGUUUUGUAUAUUUUAUCAAAAUAAGCUAGCCAAUUGAGAAUUUUUUCCCCAUAAUUCUUGUACCACCUUUUCCUAUCACUUUUAUUCUAUUAAUUUUAUUUAGUUUAAUUGGAAACAUACCCUAUUAAAUAGCUCAAGUUGAAAAUUUUAAGCCAAAUUAGUCAGGACACUCUUAACAUUGAGGCACACACACAAAAUGAUACUUUAAACAUUCUGUUAGUUUUUCUUAGUGACUUUGGUUUAUUUAUGGCUCUUGAAAAAUUGUAGAAGUGCAGCUUAAACAAGAGUUAGUGAUUACUGAUUUCCUGGUCUUAGUGUGGUGACCUAGUGGUGGGUUUUCAGUCUACCUUUACAGUGUUGGGUAUCACUCCCAGGAAGUGCCUAAAGGUUUAUUUGCAUAUAUACCUUCCACUGUGUGCUUUCCAUUGUCCUUCAAGAGAAUUUAUAUCCUUAAAGCAAAUUAAAUAUCAGGGUUUUUUUAAAACCCAAUUUUAGCUAUUUUAAUUUUUCUUCUAAUGCCUCACUCUCUUUUUCAUUGAAAGGCCUGAGAACUGUGACCUUCAAAAGAAAAAAUAUUGUAAAAAAUUAAGUCUCUAAUUCAAUCCUUACCACCUAAACUGUUUUGUAUGGGAUACAAUCAGUGUUAUUAUCUGUUUUCAAAAUAGUUUCUGGUAAUUUGGUCUGACAUUUUUAAAGGAAAGCCUUCAUUGUGAGUGUAAGGCUUAACUGCCCAUGAGGUCGUGUGUACACGAAUGUAUCUAUUCCAUGUAAAGCAAUAUGCACUCUGGCUUCUGAUUAAAAAUAGCCAGGAGGACCAGUUUACCAGGGAUAGUCAAAGAGAAAAAUUACAAAGGAUCACAAAAAUUAACUGAACAUUUUCUUCUAAGUAAUAGGUCAUUAGUCCACGUAUCAGAAUAUUGACAUACACUCAGAUUAGGUGGAAAACUUCUAAGAGUUGGAAUGGAAGCAAACAUCUUUACAAAUUCCCCACCAAGGUUACUCUCCAAUACUCAAAUCUUUCUUUCAAGCAGGGUUUUAAGUCUUUAGUUAGACUCCAUUUUUUAGUUCAGUGAGCUGUGAUUUUGAAAAGUAGCCUUUCGGUGUAUGACAUUUGUUAUAGGAAAUGAUUUUAAUCAUCUCCAUUGAAAGAUGCUUCUUAGCAUUGUCAUCUAAAACAUUCCUUUGGAUAGAAUUUCACAAAUUUAACAUGGAGCCACUGGGCAGUGGGCUCCUCCCCCAAAUACUAAUUUUUGAACAUACUGAUCCAUGAUUUAAAUGUUUGGUUAUUUUUCUUUUAGAGCCAAGACACAAAUAUUACGCAUUUUGAAAGGUAUCUUUGUUUUCAUCUGUUUCUUGUUUGCUAUAUGUUGAUUAUCUACUCUUUCUACAAAUUUCAAAUAUAAAAUGUAUCUUCAAAUUAUUGAAUGUUUCAUCCAUCCCAGUAUGUGAACAUUCUCCUGUGAAUAAAUGUAUAUAGACUUCA